AAUGCGCACUCGAGUCAAGCGUUUGAAGGUCUCGAGGUCUUCGAAAACAAAAGGUGGAUUCUCGUAUGAAUUCAGAAUAUAUAAAAUCAUAACGUGGCCCGCAGGCCUUUGGCCGUUAGAGAGGGACAACAUAUUCAACGUCCUGCGCUUUUUGCUAGCGGCAUCGAGUCAGAUGUUCAUCGUCGUAGCGGCCUUGGUGGAGAUCUACAGAAAAUGUGGAAACGUAGCGGACGUCCUUGACUACUACGCACUGAGCAUAGCCUUUUGGCUAUCCUUCGUGAGACUCGUCCUGGUGAGAAUACACUUGGCCAAAAUCCACAAGAUCUGUUACAACGCUCGUAAGACUUGGGCCAGGAUAAAAGAUCCAGAUCUCGUGAAGAUCAUGAUCAGCCAUGCCAAGACGGGCAAAAGGUUCUACUACCUCCAGAUGUCGAUAGCCUUCGUCAUAGUCACGCUGUACGUCUUCAACCCCCUGAUUUUGAGGAGGUACGACGCGGCCAACCUGCCCAUGCAAACGGUUUGCACCUUCAACAACGCCGACGUUCUCAAGCACACGGCUGUCUACUUCAUCGAAACCCUGAGCUUCGUUUAUUUGGCCGUGGGCUUCAUCAGCAUAGAUCUGCUGUUCUUGGGUAUAGCCAUGCACCUGUGCGGCCAAUUGAAGAUCUUGCAGAAGGAGUUCAGCGAGAUCGUGGGAAAAUCGACGAGUCAGGCGGAUUGCAUCCGAUACGUGAUAUCGCUGUCGAGGAGGUUUCAGAGAGUCGUCGAACUGACGGACGACAUCAGGAAGACUUUCAGCGAGAUUCUGCUGGUCAACUUCGUGGUGAACCUGUUUUUGAUAACCAGUCAGAGUGUCACUCUCCUGCUGGCAUUGAAGAUCAACAACUACUUCCUGGCGGUUAAGUGCUCGCAGACGUUCCCGAUUCUGUUGAUAGAGAUGUUUCUCUACUGCUACGUCGGCGAGCUGUUGAGGCACGCGUUCGACGACAUUCCCAGGGCUAUAUACAGCAGUCGCUGGUACCUGCUUCCCCCGAAGAUUCGACGGGGCUAUUUGCUCCACGUCAUGGCCCAAGCUAGCAAGACGUUCGAUCUGACCGCGGGAAAAAUGAUUCGAAUGAAUAUGUGCACUUUCAUACAACUGGUCAGAUCCAUCGUGUCCUUCUUUUCGCUGCUUCUGCUGAUGUUCGACAAAUAAAUCGCACUGAGAAAGUACGUUAAUAAAGAAAUUGAAAAUUGAAA